AUGGGGAAGCUUCGGUCGCGCUCGCUACCUUCGGCAAGUCCGGACGGUACCCUUAAGCCAGCAGAAAGACUGCGACAAGCUUCGUCAGAUACAGAUGUUGCAAAAGCGAUCUGCUGCCGCUCACUCGAGAUAGAAGGCUCUUCAGAGUCUUCGCUUCGUCAAAGUCCUGACUUGUCAGCGAAGUUUAACGUCAAGCAAUCAACAGCAAGCCCAGAAUACACUCGUUUGCCAGAUGCUGGCACAUACAUCCGUCUCCUCAGUUUCCAAACAUCGGGGGCGGCUUCUUAUGGCACCGUCGACAUACGCUGCGUCCUCCAUACCUUUCGGCUAGCACAAAUUCCUCAAUACAAUGCCAUAUCCUACACAUGGGGUCCAGAAGCACCGACGACCCUAAUUGAGGUUGACGGUCACCUCAAAAGUGUUCGGCUGAAUUGCGAGCUUGUUCUGCGCCGUGCCCGACAACACGAUGCGACAGCACUUUAUUGGAUCGAUGCGAUUUGUAUCGACCAAGAAAAUCUAGAAGAAAAAGGUCACCAAGUUGCCAUCAUGGGCAAAGUCUUCGGAGCCUCUCAUCUAGUAAUUGCAUAUGUUGGCGAGCACGCAGAUGAUAGCCGGUAUCUCUGCAAGAAGCUCCAAGACCAUGCCUACUUCUUCAGAUGGUUCGGCAGAAACCAGCAUUCGCUUGGCCCCAGCGACAGAGCUUUAUCAAGACUGUGGUACUUCCUGAUCAGAUACAAGACUCUUCCGCGGAUGCUCAUCGCAUUCAAAUCGUUUCUGAGAAGGGAGUAUUUUCAGAGGGUCUGGGUCUAUCAAGAGCUCUUUCUAGGCAAGCAGGUUUAUGUACAAUGUGGCGAGUCGCUUUUGCACAUACGCAAAUUUCAUGGAUUUGCAGCAGCGUCGCAUGUCUGGGGAUUGAUGAAAGUCCGGGAAGCACUUGAGCGUUUGAGUCUCUCCGAUGAUCCAUUUUUGCGAACAGAUGUCCCAAAGCUUGAGAUGCUAGUGGCUGGGUCUUUCCAACAACAGCCGCUGCCCCUAGAAAUGCUCAUUGAGCAUGUACAUGAUUGUGAGUUGGAAUGCCACGAUCUCUUAGACAAAGUCUAUGGAGUUCUUUCCUUGGUACAUUGGAGGGGCGAAGAGCCACUCUUGCCAGAUUACACUAUGGAUGUAUUUCAGCUGGGAGUCCAGUUGCUGUCAAGAGCAAGGGAGAGCCCCAUCCACUCUGUCGACUUCCUGCUUGAAUAUGCUGGGCUGGUGGUCAAGAUCCUGAAACUUCACGACGAGCUUUCGCCCAGCCUUGAACAUGCGAUACAUAUGCGAAAUCAUAAAAACACGGCACAGAGACUGAUGAGUUCCGCAUCUGGCACAAAGGCAUCAUUAUCUCAUACUGCCGGCACGAGAUCCUUCUUUUGUGAGGGAUUUCUAUGGAGUGGGAUUCGCCUUGCAUGCAACGAAACUGGGGAAUGGGUUUAUCCGAUUGUGGAAGGCCAGACCACAGUGUAUCGUGUCGUCAGGAAUAUCCUUCUCCCACAAACUGCUGCAGUUGGCGACUGGUGUCUGUUUCAGGGGUAUGAGGGAUACAGACAGAUCCUUCUUGUAGUCAGAGAGGAAGUUGAUGGACAACCAUAUUGGAUAGUUGGCAAGGGUUUGGCCAGGUAUAAACCGAACUUUCCAACGUCAGACAGAUUCCGAUUGUACAUCGACGCAGAAGACUUUUUAGUCAUCGCCAGCCAGUCCUUUUAUUUCAAUGACAGUCUUGGGGAUGUGGAUGAUGCGCAAGAAUAUUUAGAAACUGGUGUCUGCGGUGUAGCUGGGUCCUCUUACGCCGAGUCGGUUGAUUAG